CACGCGGAGCAGCCAGUCCAAGGAGUGUCAGGGUUGCACAGUAGCACAUUUUCCAUGGGAAGUGAGGACAUCCACGGCUUCCUGUGGCUGAUGUAACCCCCCCUGAGGACCUUCUGGAGGACAUUUCUGCAAGGAACCAGAACGCCGGGUUGGUGCUUGAGGAUAAAGUGCCAUAAUUGCCAGCCUCAUCGAUCCCCCCAGAAGGGUCCAACGCCACCCCGCCCUGCCCCGCAGAUGGUGCUCAGCCUGGCCAUGGACUCCAGAGAGGAUGGGGACAGCUGGAUGGAAGAACAGUGGGAGAAAUGGUUAACUCGUGACAUCAGUCUGAAUGAAUAUGACGAUGAUGACCUAUCAGAAGUGACAGAAAUCACUGAUGAGAAUGGAAGCACGCUCGACCACUUUGAUCUAGACUUUAAAGAUCACGUGACUCAGCCGGCCAAUGGGGCGCCGAGGAGCGGCCGGAGGAGGGGGGUGGUGGAACUGCAGACGGAGAUGCUCCACUUGGACCUAAUUGAUGCAGAGGGAGGAAUCCAGGAAGAAGGGGAGGAAGAGGAGAACGACAGGCGGCUAGAGCUCGUCGAUGCCGUGGAUGACAACCACAGAGAGGAACAGGGAGCUGGGCUGCCUGUCAUCCAGCCGAAGCUGAAGGAUUUCAUCCCUCCUGUCGCCAUGGAUACCUAUCGGCCCAAGAGACCCACCACCCUGAAUCUUUUCCCCCAAGUGCCAAGGACUCAGGAUACAAUAAAUAACAAUUCAUUUGGUGAUAAAGACCGGAGGAAAGAGAAGAAAACUCAUUCUUCAUCACCACACAUUAAGGGGGAUGUGGCGGCCAAACCUGAGAAGGUCGGCCUGACCGAUGGAGACAAAGUUCAAGGCAGGGCUGAUGCCAAACCACGAGGCCCCGCCUCCACCACGAAGAGAGCUGGAGCCAAGCAACAUGACAAAGAGUCUUUGAACAACCCCACCACAGUGGCGCCCAACACACAGGCGGUUAUGAGGGAAAAAUCCGGGCAGGUGAUAGAGGGCAUCGUUGACUCUGGAACCGUUUGCAAGGAAAAAGCCCAUUAUCACACCGUGAAUGGCUAUCGGGAACAAGUGCAGUAUCCUGUUGAGAAUGGGGGUCCAUGUGACCCAUCUGUUGACAAAAACAAGGACUAUCAAAUAUCAGAAGGAAAUGCCACGGAGGAGAUCCACCUCACGCCCGUCAACGGCGACCAGGAGCGACCUUUUCUGUCCCAGAGCAGCGACAGUAAUCGUAUGUCCAUCAGUUCGGACACGGAGUUACCUCCCCUUCACUAUUAUCCAUUAGCAGGUUGUGCAAACCCAUCUAUUAGUGAGGAGGAUGAGGUAUACCCACCUACUCCCCCUUGCAGGACUGUAAGUCUCAGUGACCCGGGUGACAAUAGUCAGUGGACUCAAUCUCACAAGUCCAAAGCGGCAAAAGAGGACACAGGGACUUCAAAGACCUCAGCGGUCAGCACGGACGCCUCCGGACUGACGUACGACUCUGUUAAGUACACCUUGGUGGUGGACGAGCAUGCUAAACUUGAGCUAGUGAGCAUCAAAGACUGCUACAAAGGAUACGAAAGCGACAGCGACAAUACCGUCUACGAGUCUGCCAUCGAUGAGGAUGAGGAAGAUCAGGAGGUAGAUGAAGAUGAAGGGUCGGGAGCGAGGAGCAUGAGGAGAGACACUUCGUGCUUGACAGACACCACCACAGACACCACCUCAGACAUGCCACGGUCCCGCAAAUUCAUGAAUGUCUUUGGGAAUGGACGGUCGCGAUUUUCUGGUGCUGAGUUCGGACACUUUUCAUGUGUUAUUAAUGGGGAGGAAAGAGAACAAAGCCACAGGGCAGUCUUUCGGUUUAUUCCUCGCCAUGAUGAUGAGUUGGAGUUGGAGACGGACGACCCCUUACUGAUAGAGUUUCAGGCUGAGGAUCUAUGGUGUGAGGCCUACAACAUGCGCACUGGAUCCAGAGGCGUCUUCCCUGCAUUUUACGCCGUCAAGGUUACAAAAGACGAAAACGCUAAAGAGGAUAAAGGUGAAUGGUUGGAUAAAUUCUGGGUGAAGUUCCUCGGUUCUGUUCAAGUGCCGUUUCACAAAGGGAAUGAUGUGCUUUGUGCCGCUAUGCACAAGAUUGCAUCAAACAGAAGAACAAUGCAGUUUAGCCCCCCCUCUCCUUGCAUUCUGGAAAUCAAUACAAGAGGAGUUAAAAUCAUUGUUCAGGAUGACUGUCGGACUUCUGGAAGGGGUGAAAAGUGUUUCCACUAUUUUCAGUUAAAAAACAUCUCAUUUUGUGGAUGUCAUCCGAAGAACAACAAGUAUUUUGGACUAAUAACAAAACAUCCAGCAUGUCAGAGGUUUGCCUGUCACGUUUUCUUUUCCGAAGAUACCACCACAAAGCUGGCCACAUCUGUAGGGAAAGCUUUUCAGCAAUUCUCCAAACAACACAUGGAAUAUUCCUGUCCGACAGAAGAUAUUUUUCUCGAAUGACCUUCCAGCUCUUCGUCUUUCCGCAUUAUCACAUACUAUAUGAGGUGUCGCAUGAUGGUGGUUUCAAGCCUCUUUGUAACGUGUCAUGUUAAUGAUAUAAUUUUGAUGUCUAUUUAAGACAAAUGCUAAAAUCAGAAAAACACCCAGUGUGUUUACGAAACAGAUAUUGGCUACAACGCAACUACGUUCGCCUCUUAUUACUUGAGUAUUACUGACUGGUGUAAAGCCUUAAAUACGUUCAAUGUGAUCUGUAAAAGAUGUUAUUGGUUAAUUUGUGCAAAGCUUGGUUUUGAAAUUGUUCAAAGCACAAUGUUUAAGGCAUUUAAAACAACACAAAGGAGAUUUUACAGCUGGAUCCAAAAUCAAGGAUUUGGUUUUCAAAGCUGAAACCAAAGCUAAACUGGACAUACUUUC